AAGGCCGCAAAGUCAGGCUCGGCUGUUUGAGGUGUAAGACUGAUAGGCGUUCCAAUGGGUGCGAACAAAGUUGUGCAGAAGUCCAAGGAGGCCAAGAUGAAAGCGGCCAUGGCUGGCGGCAAGUCCCGCAAGAAGAAGUGGGCCAAGGGCAAGGUCAAGGAAAAACUUGCGAACCUGGUCAUGUUUGACAAGGCGACCUACGACAAGAUGCUGAAAGAGAUACCCAAGGCCAGGCUUAUCACACCCUCGGUGGUCAGUGAGCGUCUCAAGGUGAAUGGAUCGGUGGCGCGACAAGCGAUCCGCCACCUGGAGGAGAAGGGCAUGAUCGCUCAUGUUGGUGAGAAGUCUAGUAAGCAGAUGAUUUACACACGCAAAAUUGGUGGUGGUGAGGACUGAGCCGUGAACACUUGGCCUGAGCUCAAGCUGGGCAACGGAAUGAAA